CACACUGGAUCAUAUUGGAGAAAAAAUUCUUGUUUUCCUUCUGACGUCCUCCAGGUUCCCUUCGUCAACUCUCUGUGAUUAAGCCGUUUUCUGAUGGACAAAAAAAGCUUUAAGUAACUGCUAUCUGACGGUAGCGGUACCUGCUCAAUUAGCUCAGUUAGCCAUGCAGCUAGCUGACCCUGCAAAGUCUGUGAGCUCAGAAAACUUUGUUGGUGUUUGCAGCUUUGGCCCGCCCAGAGGAGGAGGUUCUCAGGCCCGGAGCAGGAAAUGCUGGCAGGGAGCGAUGCCAGGUUGUUCUUCAGAACUGGAGCCAAGCUAGCGGGCAACUGGAACAGAACUGGACCGAGGCAAAAAGACCAAAGAGGACAUUGAAGGAGGAAGCUAAAGAGGCAGUGAGCAAGCAAAAGGCCAGAGACAUGAGUCAGUCAGCUUUGCGAAGUAGAGGUCUCCAAAAAAGAUACCAAGACGCCAUGAUCCAGAAUGAGGAGGAUAAUCGUGCACCCGCAGUAGACAGCAUGGACACCAAAAGGCACGCUGCUGAAAGGUGACCUCCAGACACUUCACCUCCCCAAAACAUUUGAAUAUGCCAGGACAUAACAAUGAGCUCAAACAGCACAGACCCUGGUCUCUUCCUGACUGCCAACACCUCGACCCCAGCAGCCGGAGCCUUCCCUCAAUCCAAUGCCCUCCACCAAGGAGGAACUGGAGGACCCUCCUGGCCAGCUUUUCAUGUGAAUACCCUGGAUGAUAAUUCAUCCUCCACCAGCAAACUCUUAAACCUUACUUCAGAAUCCAAGAAUGGGACUGCAAUCCUUGAUCCCUUGGGUGGUCACCCUAUGUGGCAGGUUGUCCUCAUUGUUUUGCUGACAGGCAUGCUGUCACUGAUCACCAUCAUCGGAAACAUCCUGGUAGUGGUGUCCUUCAAGGUGAAUCGCCAGCUAAAGACGGUCAAUAACUACUUCCUGCUGAGUUUGGCUGUCGCUGACCUCAUCAUUGGGGUCAUCUCCAUGAACCUCUACACGGCUUAUCUCGUGAUGGGCUACUGGGCCAUGGGCACCUGGGCCUGUGACUUGUGGCUGGCCAUAGACUAUGUGGCCAGCAAUGCAUCAGUUAUGAAUCUACUGGUCAUCAGCUUUGACCGCUACUUUUCAGUCACCAGGCCUUUGACCUACAGGGCCAAACGGACGACAAGGCGAGCUGGGAUCAUGAUCGGCCUGGCCUGGUUCGUUUCUCUUGUGUUGUGGGCCCCAGCUAUCCUACUCUGGCAGUAUUUUGAGGGUGAACGGACAGUUCCCUCAGAUCAGUGCUACAUUCAGUUCCUCACACGGCCCACAAUAACCUUCUGCACAGCGGUGGCAGCUUUCUAUCUGCCUGUGACAAUAAUGAGUGUUCUUUACUGGCGCAUUUACAAGGAAACGCAGAACCGUUCGAAAGAGUUGGCUGGGUUGCAGGGUUCAGGAGGACGUGGUGCGAUAGGAGGAAGAAGUGGGAAUGGUGCUGGUGAGAGAGCUCGUUUUGUCCAUCAAACAGGAAGUUCCAGAAGUUGCAGCAGCUACGAGUUGACCAGGUUGUCUAAGAGGAAGAGCACGUGUCGGGAGCUGGUUGGGCGCUUCCACUGCUGGCCUGGGGUUCGUUCUUGGAGACCUGGUAGUCUCAGGCAGAGGGAUCGUGAUCCAGACCAGAGCAGCAGCGACAGCUGGAACAACAAUGAUGCUGCAGCCUCAUUGGACCAGUCUGGGUCGUCAGAGGAUGAGGACUGUGGGGGUCGAGAGAUGAUUUCCCAGAGUCAUGCUAUUUUCUCCAUUGUUCUCAGCCUGCCUGGUAUAAAGGCUGCUGUCAACUCCCAACUCACCUCAUGUGAGGAUCUGGAUGCGGCCUCAGAGGAAGAUCCCCUCAGGGGAGCAGAGUAUAGCCGAGACAGCCUCUCAACACUCACAACCAACACCACUGCCACCAAUGCUCCCGAUGGAGCAAACAGUUCAGAAAAUAGCUACCACCAACGCUUCUGUUCACGCAAGAUUCAGUCAAUGCCUGCCAUCCAGGCUUCCUCUAACCAAGGCAAUCUGGAUGAUCCCACAACAGCUACACCGACUGCCACCGACAGUACUACCACCAGCACCACUACUAAAUCCCCAUCUGUCCCAAUGUCUUUCAAAGAGGCAGCUCUGGCGAAACGUUUUGCAGCUCGAGCUCGGACUCAGAUCACCAAGAGGAAGCGCAUGUCCUUAGUGAAGGAGAAGAAGGCAGCUCAAACACUCAGUGCCAUCCUCUUUGCUUUCAUCAUCACAUGGACACCAUACAAUAUUAUGGUGUUGAUCAAUGCCUUCUGUAAAGGUUGCAUCCCGGAGACCCUGUGGGCAGUCGGGUACUGGCUGUGCUACGUCAACAGCACAGUCAACCCCAUGUGCUACGCCUUGUGCAACAAGACUUUCCGUACAACUUUUAAGAUGAUACUGCUCUGCCGCUGGGACCAGAAAAAAAGGAGGAAGCAGCAGUUCCAACAAAGGCAGUCUGCUCAGUCAGUGGUCUUCCACAGGAGAAUUCCCAGGGAGUCCACAUAAAAGACAGAAGGCUUUGGAUAGUUGAAACAGAGAAUAAAAAGAGUUAACACAGGACAAGGAAAAGAAACAUCCAUGUUGUUGUUUCUGUGGCGUUCCUUUGCUUAGAGAUCCUAAAUGUGUUUCUCUGCUGAUAUUUCAAGCACAGCAGUCCUAUGUGGUGGUCUGAGGUACGUGUUUGUGUCGGUGCAUCCGUAUAGCAAAGCUGUGUGUAUGAAGAAAGGUUGUUUAAGGUGGGGUCCAGAGAUGAAAGCCUUCCCUCUGUCCUCGAAGAACUGUUUACCAUUUCACCUUAGUACAUGUGAGGACGGCUGAGAGGAAAUGAACUGAGUGGAAAAUAUUAGAAAAGGGCUUUAAAAUGCAUUGCAGGUGAAUUAUUGAAGUGCAAUUGACACAAGGGGAAGGAUCUCUUUGUCACAGGGUUGGGGAUUCACAUUUAUUAUCAUUUCUCUCUGUGGGUAGCUAGAUCUGUAAUGUGCAGAGUGGUUUUGCAUUUCAAAUAAAAUUUUGUAUCUGUAAGUCUUCACUGAGAGCCAGGACAAAACUGUUUUGUGUUCACAGGCUUCUGCAUUGUGCUGAUUUGACCUGCCGUCCUCUUGAUUGGCAUGUGUUUUUAUCAGAACCUCUGUACAUUUGCCUUUCUAAAUGGAUAUAGCUUUCCUGUGUGUCUGAUGGAAUAUAAAGACUCCUUUUGUGUCCUUAUUUUUAGUCAACAGAGAUCUGUUUUUUUUUUGUUCUGUUUUGUUUUUUGUGAUAUUCAUCUUUGGUUUUCUAGAUAUUCCUGAGAUUUUGAGCCAGUCUGAAAAAUGAUUCUUCUGAUGAACUGAGUUGUGAAUAUUCUGUGUGGCACCACAGUCAGUGAACUGCUGUUGUGUUCAAUGUGAUUGUUGUGGUUUUUAUGGUGGAGACAAUUAAAAGUACAUUGGUUGUGUUUUUAUGUACUUGCGGUUCUCUGUCAUGAGUAAUGAUUAUACAAUAAUGAUAUUCUGUUUGUGAACAUUUGGAUAUUUCUGACUUUAUACACAAUGAUUGAUUGCAAAAACACAAAGAUGUCCAUUUAUAAAGAUGUGUGUUUUGGUUUUACACUAUCUUUUAAAUUUCUACAAAAGUGAUGAUUCUGAGGAAUUCUUUGUAAAAGGCCGCUCAUCUUUGAUGUAGUGGAGCAAUGGCAGCCUCUAGUGGUUUAAGAAAGACAUGUUGUCCAGGCUGUAUCAUUGUCAGUGCAGUAUUUAAAAUCCCAUUGUGCUAAUAUGAAGACAAAAAAACACUGAAGGUACAAUAUUUUAACUUCUUUUCUGUCAUAACCAGUUUUUUUGUGUUUAAUUUCAUAUUAUUUAUGGGUGAAGUUUUUUCUUCUUUAAACUUAUGAAUUAAAUUGACUUACGGCGAUUGAUUUGUAAAUGCGAUCAACAGCUGUUUUUGGUCUAACGUGCAUCAGGUUUUUACUACAUAAGUCUGCUUAAAGAUGUAAAGCAAGGCAAGAAUUUAUUUCAGUUUUUAUUGUAUUGCACAUUAUAUUAUUCUUAUCUUAAGUUGUUGGUUUUUACAUUGUCGCCACACCCAAAUCUUGAAUAUAUGUGCAGCAGGUAUUAAAGGAUAAACUGUGUUAGGACAGCUGUUAUAGUGGAGGGCGAGUGGAUGUUAGAUGCCAUGGUCACACAUAUUGGUGGGACUUGUGCUCUGUAUGCAGAAGAGAUUUUUAGAAAUGAUCCCAUGCCUGUCAUUAGUGGAGAUUUUGUCUGCUUUCAACACAAUGUGCUCCAGUGUCAUGAUAGAUUCUUCGUCAAAAUAUGAGAAUUUUGUACUUAAAUAUUGGGAAUGUAAACUACCAAAAUGGUAAAACACAAACAUUUUGUUACAUUUCAAGUAUGCUGAUCAUACUCAUAUUUUAAGUCAAUAAACAAACAAAAAACUUUUUGA